UAAGAGAAUCAUAAUCAAUUUUCUUGAAAAUAAAAUACAAAAUGAAGGUUUCAAGCUUUUCAAUUAUCAUUUUCUUUACCAUUAUAUCCUCCAUCCAACCAAUCCAAUGCAAUCUACCAAUGUCAGGUUCAAUCGAACAAAUAUGUCGAAAAACACCUCAUUACCAUCUUUGCCUUAUAACAUUAAAAUCAAAUUUAUAUUCACAACAAUUUACACAAACACAAAGUGUUGACAUUUCGGGAUAUGUUCGUGUAACACUUGAGGUUGUCGCGGCCAAAGCGCCCUUAAUAUUGGAGCAACUUCACGAGGUUUAUGCGCAAACCCAACAUACACAAUUGAAAAAUGCAUUGGAUAGUUGCAUUACUUCGUACACAAAAAUAUCAAAAGAGCUUAUUCCACAAGCUCUAAAUUGUGUGGACAAACGUGAUUAUAAUGGUGUGAAACAAAGUGCAUAUGUUGCUGGAAAUUUGGCUGCUUCUUGUGAGAAGAAAUGUUAUGGCACCACUAGUUCAUCUGCUUCGCCUCUAGGGGAUAAUAAUCAAUAUGUGCAGGAUAUGUGUCAAAUUACUGCCUCUAUUGUUACCAAAUUUGGUCAUUCACAACACCAAACUUUGUCAUAGAUUCUCGAAGUUUAUCUUACUUGUGUAUAUAUAUUGUACAUUGAUAUCUAGGCCUUUCAUGGCUUUCUUAGAUAGUUCUCCAUAAUUUAUAUUCACUCCAUCCAACACUAGUUAACCUGUACAUUUAAUAAUAAAGAUUGUACUAAAAAGACAGUCACUUUUAAAUUUCAA